UUCUCCAUUGCAAUUUGCAACUUCAACACAUCAAACUCAAAGCUCUUAUCAUAAACAACAACAAUGCUAUCUCUAAAAGUUGUCCUCUUUUCCACUGCCGUUAUUUUAACGGCGUUAGGAUUGAAAGCAUCUCUAAUUCCAUUGGUUACCACACAUCUCCAUCUCAUAUGGAACUUCUUCCUCUUGUGCUUCACUCCUCCAUACCUCUUCGUUACCGUCAACGCCAUCAUCAUCUCCAUCCUCGCUUCCUCCAGGUUCCACCAAUCCCAAUCCCAAUCCCAACUCACUCCUCCCCCUCUUCUUCUCGUCAACAACCUCCUCCCUACGGAUUCACCCACGCCUAUACUACAACAAACUCCACAAAUUCAUAAACCUCUCCCUUCUACUAGGUUCACUCACCGGAAACCUCUUAAAUCCAAUCCUGAAGGUGGGAAGGCGUUGAGGGUGGCCAAGCAAAAACGGCACGAGACGUUGGAGAACACGUGGAAAACGAUAACGGAGGGUCGGUCCAUACCGUUGAGCAGACACAUCAAGAAGUGUGACACGUGGCAUAACCGUUACGACGCGAGCCCGCAUGAAACGGAAGAUUCCAGCGUUAGCAUCAGCGAAUUCAACUUGAACAAGACAUGGAAGCUGAGAAAAGAACCGUCGCUGAGUCAAGACGAGUUGAAUAAACGCGUCGAAGCGUUCAUACGCAAGUUCAACCACCAAAUGAGGUUGCAAAGACAAGAAUCAUUAAAUCAUCACUACAUGCAUGCCCAUGAUUAACCGUGAUACCAACAUGUGUAAAUUUUUUAACAGUAUAUAUUGGACUAGUGAGUAAUUAGUUAGGGUAUUUACAUCAUAUUAUAUGUUGGUAGUAGUAUUUUAUUUUUUUGUGCAUGUUAGUUAAGGUAGAAUUAUAGUCAUAGUCAUGUUUUUUGUCCUCUGAUCCACGUGUGAUAAACGUGAAUCAAGUUCCAGCAUGUAUUUAGUAAAGUAACAUACACAGUCACUCAAAUUCUUGGGGACUUUAUUGGUUUCAGAUAGGGUCUAAUGCACGUAGUUAGUGUGUUGUGACGUGUGAGUGUUGUAAAUCAUGGGAUAUUCAGUUCAAAUGUUUUUUACUCAAUUAGGUUCACAAAAAAUAUAGUUCGUUUUAUAUUCACAGCAAGCA